AUUACUAGCUUAUGUGAAUGAAUUCCAUAAAUGAUUAAAUCACUUUUCAUCGAGUUGAGCUAGAGAGCGGUUGCGCUUGGUGAGUGGUUUGCAUUGUAGUAACAAAAUCAUUAUCUCAGCCGCACAAAUUCAUACUGCAUUUCAGGCAACAGUGCCUUUCAAACUGCAAAUCAAAUUUUAACUCUGCUUACUUUCCACCAUAAUGGCUGAUACAACCGGAAAUGUACAUUUCAAUUAUAUUAAGGAAUAUUUAAUAACGGAAAUUAUGACAAAAUUAGAUGGUGAAAAACUGAUAAACUAUGAAUCGGAGCAUGCAGGCGGUCUCGACGGUUUUAUGUCAGCGCUUUACAAUAUCAAACUGUACACUGAAACUGCCAUUGGCCCCAAACAGCGUUUGCUAGUGGCGAAAUUCAUGAAAGGAGAUGUCGCUUUCCGCGAGUCCAGUAAAUCAUACAUACAAUUUGCCAAUGAAACUUGUGUUUAUGAUUGUAUUUUGCCGGCAUUUGCGAAAGUCUUGACCGCUGCGAAGCUCGAUUUAACCAUUGACGACUGGGUGCCACAUCCUUUUAUCGCCAAAUUUGGUUAUAUCGACGGUUUAAGCGCUGCACCAGGCAUACGUGAAUGCGUGCUAGUAUUGGAGCAUCUGAAACCACGAGGAUAUGUGCUCGGUCCACGACUAUACCUAACACGAGAACACCUGUUACCGAUGUGCCGCAUAAUUGGACAAUAUCAUGCGAUAAGUUAUGCUUUACGUCUAACAGCGCCUGCAGAGUUGGAGCGGUUGAAAAACGACUUAAUUACACUGCCUUUCAUCAAUGACGCUGAUCCAAAAGAUGAUGAAGAAAACGCUUAUCGUUUCCUUUAUCGUGCAGCUUUCGAUCGGCUCUUUGAUUUCAUCGAUCGAAAAAUUGAUGGUGAUACGUUCGAUAAGCAAAGUGCGGAUGAUUUGAAAUUGAUUGAGCGUUUAUGUGACUUACGUGCGAAAUAUAUGAAAGAACCGACACGCUUGCUAGAGAAAAUACGCACAAGUGUAUUGGAUUGCGAAGAGGAUAAGCGAUUUGGAGCGAUUUUGCAUGGCGAUUACAAUCGCAAUAAUGUGCUCUUCCGCUAUGAAGAGCAAGAGGGUGGCGAUGAGGCUGAGCGUAAGGUGGCCGAUGUGAAAAUGAUCGAUUUUCAGGAAAUACGCUAUGGCAGUCCUUGUAUAGAUAUCAGCUUCUUCAUGUACAUGAACACCACAGCGGAGACGCGAGAAGCAAUAUGGAUGGAAAUGUUACAAACAUACCACAAAACUAUGUUUGAAACACUGCAAGCGGCAGUUAAAGGUCAGCCGAACGUUGAUGCCGAACAAUUGGCGGCCUAUAGUUUCGAUGAAUUCUACGCACACUUUUCGCGCUAUGCCUUCUAUGGUGUUAUGAUUUGUCUGCACUUUUUGCCCUGGAUGCUUUCGAGCGAGGAGGAAUGCGCUAAAAUCUCCCAUCUUUUCGAAACAAAUUUGCGCAGUGAAGAGUUCCGCAAGUCAAAUAUAGAGAUUGGUGGUGACGCUGUUAAUAUGAAACUGCUGGAGGUGCUGAGGCAUGCAAGCAAAAUGGGUUAUAUGGAUGCGCUCUAA